GUCAGGUACAUAAUAAAAUUCAGAGUGAAUAACCUUCAAACCUACGCAUAUCCGACCUCAGCCCUAAUAUUUAUUUUGAUAUUUCACGCUAUCAAUCAAAUGCUUGAUAAAAAACCUUUCAUACUAAUGGACUCCCCUACUGCUAUUUAUCUCAAGUGCUAAAAUAUUCACUGUUCCAUGGAUUUCCAUUUUCGUGUAUAGAGAAAUCCCGAACAAACGUGUCUUUUUAAAAAUGGUGUAUUUCUAUGCGAUUUUAACAUUAUGGAUGAAUAUUUAGAUUUUGAUUCGUUGAGUGUUAAAAGUUAUAGGAAUUGGAGUCAGGAUUAUUUGAAUGAUCUCGACACUUCAGAGUAUCCAUUCCCGAACACAUUAUGGCAUUUGAAACCUACCGAAGAAAUCCUCGCAAAAACCAUAGUGAUGCUCACUAUAGCCAUACCAGGAAUCUACCUGAAUGGUGUCAUCCUUGUCACUUUAAUCAAAAAUAAAUGGCUGUGGACUCCCAGUAACUUCCUACUUGCAAAUCUUGCCUCUGUGGACUUCUUGACUCUGCUUUUCUGUCCCUGGUUUAUGUUGGUCCGGGAUUUUCACCAGAAUUUUGUGCUGAAGAAUUUCGGAUGUCGUUUCGAGGGGUUUUUGCAAGCCUCUCUCCUCCUAACAAACGUAGCAUCACUGAUACUGGUGUCGUACGACAGACUGGCGGCAGCAGUGCUCCCUGCUGAGGCCAGGGUCACCAAGCCGGGUGCCAAGAAACUAAUCGUCAUAACCUGGGCUGUAUCAAUACUUUUCUCCUUACCCUGGAUUACUAGCAGAGAGUAUGUGGAGCGUCAAUGGCUGGAUUAUUUGGAGAUGUACUGUGUGGAGGAUCCUGAAGUCUUAUAUAUCUACUGGUAUUUUAUCCUCGCGUUGGUGGUCUGGUUACCUUUGGGGAUUAUGGUUCUUACUUACGGGGCGAUCUUAUGGCGUCUUCAAUACAGCGCAAGAGAGCUUUCUUCUCGAGGAGGUGGCAAGUUGGUGGCAAGAGCUAAAGGAAGGACAUUGAAGGUCACAGCCUGUGUGCUGAUAGCUGACGUCAUCUGCAGGCUCCCCUACUUUGUCCUUGUGUAUUUGAAGGAUGGAGGCGGUACGCAGAUCAAUUGGGUUGACGGACCCUAUUCAAUCCUCUGGUUUGCAGCUGGGAGUCUCAUGUAUCUCAACUGUACUAUCAAUCCUCUCAUCUAUGGGUUCACUAAUGUCCGUCUUCUGAAGGCCAUGGACAAAACCCCAGGAGUGGCUUGCUGUCGCUUUGGGUCUUGGUGCUGUGUCUGUGCUUCGAGCACAAAAAAGGAGCUUCACAUCCAAGAUAAGAAUACAGAGAAGAUCUUCGUGAUAGAAAGUACUCCACGGCCAAACGUAAAAUUGACUAGAAUGAUCAAGAACAUACUUCAUAUCAACGCAGAUGCUAUUGAUCUAAGUGUACCUAGACUUGAUGAAGCAACGACUAAACCGACUAAAGUUACGCCUUUGAAAUCUGAACAUGUGGAAAAGCAUGUUCAAUACGAUGAGAAUGGUCAAGGAGAACACAUCUGAUAUAUGAAAGGUUGGAUAGCUUUUAGUGUUGGAGAGGAAGGAAGUAUAUUUAUGUGUUCUUUGGAUUCUUAGUUGCUAAAAGAUAUGCUAAGCCAGUGUUAUUACAAACCGAUGAUUAAAGAUGAACUAGGUAUAUGAUAAUCCACAAAGAAGUAGACUGCUUUUCAACGCGGAAUUAUUUGGUGACACGGACUAUAUUUUAAACCUUUUAGUCUUCGUUUUAUAAUAACACUGUCUGUGUUGUUUACGAAUAUGAGAACAACUAAGGGAUUCUGUAUGUCUAUUUAGCGUGAUAUAACAGUAGGCAUACGAUCAUCAUUUUAAUAAUCUUCGUACUCCUAGUGUUCUUAGCAUGUACGAGUAUUUUAUUAAUCUAUAUUUUUUUUUAAAUAAAUGUUGUAAA